AUGCUUUUUGCCAAGCUAGUUGUGGCCAUAGACUAUCCUGUGAGCAAAUGGGAAGCUGCUUCUGUGGAUGAGUAUCUCAAAUACAGUUUGAAUUUGUUGGAGCUUUGCAAUUCCAUUAGUUCCUCUUUGUCUCAUCUUGGGAAGGCUAGGCUUUCACUAGCUCAUGCUUUGAGCCUUGUGGAGAAUUCAUCACUUUCUUUGGCUUUAAAGCAUCUGAAGCCAAUCCAACCAAAGGUUUUGAACAAGGAACUCAGAUUCCAAGGAAAUGAAGAGAUUGGGAAACCAAGGUGUUCCAAUAUUAGCAAGCAAGCUGUUAUUGAUCAAGCUUUGGUGGUUAUGCAGGGUAUGGUAUUUUGGGUAUGUGGGAUUUUAAUGUCUGGCUUAGUUGGGGAAGCCAAGCCAUACUUGGAGAUGAGAAGUUCAGGUGGAAGGUUUGUUGAUUCAUGGCUUCCUGGAUUGGAUUUGAGAGCAAGUGAAGUAAUUGUGGAGAGAAAUGGUGUGUUGAAAGAGGUGAAAGAGCUUGAUGAUGCAGUGGCUGGCCUUGCUGCUGCUAUUGGAACUGGAAAAAGCAGUGAUGAAGCAGCUGAGGAAUUAAGGAGAAGAUUAGAGGUGUUUGAGAAGUUGGUGGAGGGUUUUGGGAAAGAGGUGGAUUGUCUCUUCAAUAAGGUUUUGGCUGGGAGAAAUCAAUUGCUCAAUGGCCUUGGACAGCAAAAGCAGUAG